AUGUCUCUAUUUACGGUCCCCAUCGCUACAGGCGGUUCAUUCGAAUGCACUUCACCCGCUGACCGGGUAUACCUCCUUUCGUUCAACUCCCCGCCCGACAAUCGACAGACCACCGCUUUCAUCGAUGCAUUCAGUCUCGCACUUGAUAUCAUAGAAGAGAAAUUACCCAUCGGCGUUCUUAUGACUACAAGCAAGAUUCCCAAGUUCUAUAGUAAUGGGUUAGAUUUGGAGCAUGCGAUGACCACGGAGGGCUUUUGGGCAAAGACAUAUUGGCCGUUCUGGAAGAGGCUACUUACAUUUCCCAUGCCCACCGUUGCCCUUCUCAACGGGCAUGCAUACGCAGGCGGACUCUUCGUCGCGCUUCUCCAUGACUACCGGAUCCAAAAUCCAAGCAAAGGGUAUCUCUGCCUAAAUGAAGUACACUUUGGAGCCUGGCUGCCCGCCCCCAUGGCCAGUAUCGUAAAGCACAAAGUUGGAAAUCCCGCAACCGUGCGAGACCUGAUCACGGCUGGGAGGCGAUUUGAUUCCACGGAAGCACUUGCGGCGGGAAUCAUUGAUGCUACUGGCGGGAUUGACGAGGCGCUCACAUUUAUUGAAAAGCGUUCGCUGGUGAAGUUGGGGCAGACGCAUGUUUAUGCUUCUUUGAAGGAGGAGGUGUAUAAUGAAACUGUGAGAGUGCUUGAGUCGCAUGAUGAAAAUGAAAAGGUCCGGUUGGACCGGCUAACGGAGCGGGAGGGCAUGGACGCUGAGCGAGGCCGCAGAGUAGGCGCUUGGGAGAAGAGUCAGGGAGGUUCUAAGCUUUGA